AUGGAGGACAGUGACCCUUUGCUCCUGCCACUAGCUACCCACCUUGACUAUUGCGGUAAACAUAGCGACGAGUGGGAUAUAUAUUUGACCUACCUUAAGUCUCUAUCUCAAAAUUCGAACCCUCUCGCCGCAUCCAUCCAAAAUACAGUUCUACGUGGCCAGCAGAUUUGGGGCCAGGCAACCCUUACUGACCAUUGGCAUGACCUAUCGUAUUUUACUAGCGCAUUUCUAACUUUAUUUCCCCUCGGCAUUAGCGGCUAUCUGGACGAGCGUUUAUUCGACGUCUCUUUGUCUUCCUUUGCGGAGUGGGCAUUAAAGCACUAUAGCAGGAGGUUUGCGCGCUAUAGAAUCUUCAUGUAUCUGAUAUAUAACGUGCUUCUGAUUCGAAAAUCUUCCCUCGCGAAUAAAUUAUCAACAACCGCUGACGACAUUUCUUCUCUUACUAAGGAUCGACUUCGUAAUGCACUACAAGAUCUAGAGAUCCAUCAUGAAAUCAAAGACCUAGCAAUUUCCCGUCUGCUAUAUGUUAUGAAAGCAAUUGCUAUAUAG